CACGCGAUUUGUGUACCAAUGAAUGCCGUAUUCUUCGAAGGAUUUUGGGCCGGGAUCUUUCGUGCCGGGUAACUCAGCAGCGGUACGAUGAGAUACGGCACGGCGAGAAGCAAGCAAGUGAGAUGUUCAUCGUGCCGAACGUAGGCAUGGUAACGUUACCAUCGCGUACCGAGCGCUCUGGGUUUCCAUGGAAAAGUUUCAGUUUCCACUACACACUGUAACGGAACGGAUCGUUACAGCAUCCGGUUCAUCGGAACGAGCAAUCCAACGGAAACGUCGCCACAGCGUGCCAAUAGUGUUAUUGAUGCCGGUGGUGAUAAAGGAUUUGGUGGAAUGUUUUUUGUGCUUGUUACAAUAAGAAUGUUACUAUAAAGUGUGAGUGUUAAAAUAAAAAUUAUUGUCUGUUUUCACAAACCGAUUAGCGAUUAGUGAAGUGAAAUAAACAUUUUACAACUCGCGCGUAUCUCAUUCGUGACAACAGCAUCCUAAAGGAUAUGCAACACACUACCACCAUGUUAAGGAUAGGAAUUUUUUGCUACAUUUUCUCAAUCACAUUCUGUGAGCCUGGCAACGUACCGGAUGCCUUCCCCGAACCGGUCUGUGGACAGAUUUCUCAGAUGCUCGACGAAUGCUUUCACAACUCAACGCCCAACAUUGCCGUGGAGCUGCUGUACAGUGUGCAGAUUCCGGAAACCAUCGAGCAGAUCAACAGCCGGUGUCUAUUGUUCAAUCGGGGCAUGGAAUGCGUCCAGCGAUAUCUAGACGUGUGCGUAGACUCCAAGGAGCGGCUCAUCAUUGACAAUGAAGUGUACGGUGCGAAACGUUUGUACGAAUUUCUCUGCCGUGAUGGAGCCUUCCAGCAAGAAUUUCUCUGGCACAAAGGAUGCUUUCAGCUGGUGCACCGUGAUUUGGACUCCUGCUCUAAAAGGUUCGUCUCCAUCCUGAAGGAGGAAAUGACCAAAACCACCAAGCAGUCCUUCAAUCAGCAGUACAUGCACUUCUGCUGUGCACGGUAUGCGUACGAGAACUGCGUUUACAACAGUGCCCGCUACAAGUGCAAACCGAGCUCGGCCAUAUUUCUACGCCGCAUCGCCAAGCUUAUGUCCACCGAGAAGCACUUCCUCAACUGUGAUAAGAUCGAAAACGAAGUUUGCUCUUCCGGCCGGACGGUCCUUGUCGAAUGGUGGUCGGUAGCCAUCUUGAUGCUUUCGCUACCGUUCGUAGCAAGCGUCUGGGAUGUGACAGCGUAAAACCGUAUCCGUAUGCGUGUGAUUCGAUCCGAUUUGAUCUAGGGCCAUGGGAAGCUAAACAGCGUAAUCCGAUUGCUAGUUCGAAUAAACUCAACACGCCUGAUGUGCACUACUGGCGCACCGGUGAUCAAUCGUCCAUUCAGUGUCACUUCCGUUUCCGGUACGUUAGCUUACUUUGCCCUUACUUAAGGAUUGCUGGAUGUUACAGGUGGGCCGCCCGAUACAAUGUGUUUCCCUUUGCAGUGCAAAUGGUGCGAGAUAAUACAAGAAAAAAAAACACUUAAUACUAUCUUAACUUCUGUUCCGAGUUAGUCCUCAAUGUGAAUAAUGUCGCAGGAAAGAAAACGUAUUUGGUUACGGUACUUUUACAACGUUUUGAUUGAUUAUUUUGUUUGUUUCUGAGCGUAAUUCAUCUGUAUCACGCUGUCCGUACACAGAAGAAGUUCACACACGAGUGUUGAAAUGCACUGUUGUCGUGUGUUUUAACAUAUUUUCCAGCUUUUCCAACACAGCAACAUCAGCAGGCGAUGGUAUAAUGUUGGCCGAGGGCCAAACAAAAGUUUCAACCAGUUAAACACCGAAACAUGACUAACAGUGGCAGAUUUAUUAUUUCCACUUCGCUCUAAUACGGGAAGGGAAAACCCCCACGUAACGGCAAAGGUUUGCGGUUUUGCACAACCUUUUAAAGGGGAUUUCCCAACCGGGUUAUGGGAUGAAAUUUCCCAAAAGAGCUUAUUUACUUACAGUCAUGGUCGACCACUCAUCAAAGCAUAUUUUGGGUGUUAUAAAGUUUCCGCGAAAUUAAUACCAUCGUGAAUGCUGUGUAACCUUUAUCAUGAAUAAACAACAAACCCUACGGUAUGGUGUAUACCUGCUCAUCUGCUGUACAAACAACACUUUUAAGUUAUACCGCAAAAGGGAAAACAAAACAACCUAUAUCCUAUCAUCAUACUUCGACAAGUAUUGGAAAAAUGUUAUAUUCAUUCAAUAUCGAGAACCGAGAUCCAAGAAGUGGAAAUAUUGAAUUAUUUUAUUUCAUGGAAUUUUGUUUUUUUUGCUUCUAUCCGUUUGCAUUCUAAUGAUAUCUCUUGCUGAUUGAAUUUAAAGGUUAUUUUUUUACCUUUAACAAGGGUUAACGUUUUGACGAAUUUCCCGUUAAACCAAUAAAAUAUUAAAUUAUUAAGCAUGACUUGUUCCGUAUCGUUGACGCUGGGUGAAGCACAUGGAGACGCCUGGUGUUUUGUAAAAAAAAAUGGAAACGCAUGGUGCUUUAUCACAAUGGAGACGCCUGGUGUCUAACUUUAAUAAGGGAAAAAGAUCGUUUUUUACAGAUAAAAAUGCAGAUUUUGAUAGCGUUUAAAGAAAAUAUGACAAACGAAAUAUCACA